UUAAAAACAAAAUGGUUGCCAUGACAACGGUUAUUGACAAAAUCCUGACAGUGUUUUAGAGAAAACUUUAAUCGUAUAUCAAAUAUUGAAAUGUUACUUUAGACUAGUUAUAACCAAUUAUGAAGUUGUUAAAAAUACAUUUGCGGUAUCACCCGCCGGGACUUAUUUUAGAGUAUUCUCAAAAAGGCACUGUAAAGAACAAAGAAAUUGACCUUCUGGAUUUAAAUAGCAAAAGCGACAUCACCACAGUAGCCAACGAGCUGUACGUCCGAGAGGUUCUCCUCACUGAAGACGUGAGGGACCAGCUGGAACAAUGCCUGACCACGCUGAAGAAGAGGAUAGAACACGAGGGACCGGCGGGGAAGAGGUUUAUACCUUUGACUUCACGGUUCUACAUAUACAAGACGUUGAUGACCCACGUGCUUCCGCUGACUAACGUGGCUUUUGACAAGACUGGAGAACGAUGUCUGUCAGGAAGCUACGACCGCACGUGUAAGGUGUGGGACGUGGAGUCAGGCAGCGAGCUGGCUACGCUUACUGGACACCAGAACGUCGUAUACUCCGUCUCAUUCAACUUUCCUGCUUGUGACCGGGUCAUAACCGGUUCCUUCGACAAAUCCGCCAAGAUCUGGGAGCCUUCCACCGGGGAGUGUCUGGCAACACUCUGGGGCCACAACGGUGAGGUGGUGGCCGCUCAGUUCAGCCCUAAAGGGGACCAUGCGGCCACUGGCUCCAUGGACCAUACUGCCAAGCUUUACGACGUCAGAACCGGGGACGAACUCCACACGUACACUGGGCACACGGCAGAGGUCAUCGCGCUGCAGUUUGACCCCAACGAGGGUCGACGACUCAUCACAGGGUCCUUUGAUGGUACCAUCUCCAUAUGGGAUACUAGGAUGAAGGACCGAGUAUCAGUCCUCUCCGGGCACGAGGGCGAGAUCUCCAACGUGCAGUUCAAUUGGGACAGUUCUCUCGUAGGAUCUUCAUCACUGGACGGCAGCGCGAGGCUCUGGGACGCUCGUCAAAGCUCCUGCCUUGCUACCAUCUCAACUCACAGUGAUGAGGUAACUGGGACAAACUUGCUGUUCUGGAACAGUUUUCUAAUGGGCUCGUAUGGAUUGUUCAGUCGGGUAUCAGUCCUCUCCGGGCACGAGGGCGAGAUCUCCAACGUGCAGUUCAAUUGGGACAGUUCUCUCGUAGGAUCUUCAUCACUGGACGGUAGCGCGAGGCUCUGGGACGCUCGUCAAAGCUCCUGCCUUGCUACCAUCUCAACUCACAGUGAUGAGGUAACUGGGACAAACUUGCUGUUCUGGAACAGUUUUCUAAUGGGCUCGUAUGGAUUGUUCAGUCGGGUAUCAGUCCUCUCCGGGCACGAGGGCGAGAUCUCCAACGUGCAGUUCAAUUGGAUCAGUUCUCUCGUAGGAUCUUCAUCACUGGACGGCAGCGCGAGGCUCUGGGACGCUCGUCAAAGCUCCUGCCUUGCUACCAUCUCAACUCACAGUGAUGAUAUCGAGGUAACUGGGACAAACUUGCUGUUCUGGAACAGUUUUCUAAUGGGCUCGUAUGGAUUGUUCAGUCGGGUAUCAGUCCUCUCCGGGCACGAGGGCGAGAUCUCCAACGUGCAGUUCAAUUGGGACAGUUCUCUCGUAGGAUCUUCAUCACUGGACGGCAGCGCGAGGCUCUGGGACGCUCGUCAAAGCUCCUGCCUUGCUACCAUCUCAACUCACAGUGAUGAGGUAACUGGGACAAACUUGCUGUUCUGGAACAGUUUUCUAAUGGGCUCGUAUGGAUUGUUCAGUCGGGUAUCAGUCCUCUCCGGGCACGAGGGCGAGAUCUCCAACGUGCAGUUCAAUUGGGACAGUUCUCUCGUAGGAUCUUCAUCACUGGACGGCAGCGCGAGGCUCUGGGACGCUCGUCAAAGCUUCUGCCUUGCUACCAUCUCAACUCACAGUGAUGAGGUAACUGGGACAAACUUGCUGUUCUGGAACAGUUUUCUAAUGGGCUCGUAUGGAUUGUUCAGUCGGGCAUCAGUCCUCUCCGGGCACGAGGGCGAGAUCUCCAACGUGCAGUUCAAUUGGGACAGUUCUCUCGUAGGAUCUUCAUCACUGGACGGCAGCGCGAGGCUCUGGGACGCUCGUCAAAGCUCCUGCCUUGCUACCAUCUCAACUCACAGUGAUGAGGUAACUGGGACAAACUUGCUGUUCUGGAACAGUUUUGUAAUGGGCUCGUAUGGAUUGUUCAGUCGGGUAUCAGUCCUCUCCGGGCACGAGGGCGAGAUCUCCAACGUGCAGUUCAAUUGGGACAGUUCUCUCGUAGGAUCUUCAUCACUGGACGGCAGCGCGAGGCUCUGGGACGCUCGUCAAAGCUCCUGCCUUGCUACCAUCUCAACUCACAGUGAUGAGGUAACUGGGACAAACUUGCUGUUCUGGAACAGUUUUCUAAUGGGCUCGUAUGGAUUGUUCAGUCGGGUAUCAGUCCUCUCCGGGCACGAGGGCGAGAUCUCCAACGUGCAGUUCAAUUGGGACAGUUCUCUCGUAGGAUCUUCAUCACUGGACGGCAGCGCGAGGCUCUGGGACGCUCGUCAAAGCUCCUGCCUUGCUACCAUCUCAACUCACAGUGAUGAGGUAACUGGAACAAACUUGCUGUUCUGGAACAGUUUUCUAAUGGGCUCGUAUGGAUUGUUCAGUCGGGUAUCAGUCCUCUCCGGGCACGAGGGCGAGAUCUCCAACGUGCAGUUCAAUUGGGACAGUUCUCUCGUAGGAUCUUCAUCACUGGACGGCAGCGCGAGGCUCUGGGACGCUCGUCAAAGCUCCUGCCUUGCUACCAUCUCAACUCACAGUGAUGAGGUAACUGGGACAAACUUGCUGUUCUGGAACAGUUUUCUAAUGGGCUCGUAUGGAUUGUUCAGUCGGGUAUCAGUCCUCUCCGGGCACGAGGGCGAGAUCUCCAACGUGCAGUUCAAUUGGGACAGUUCUCUCGUAGGAUCUUCAUCACUGGACGGUAGCGCGAGGCUCUGGGACGCUCGUCAAAGCUCCUGCCUUGCUACCAUCUCAACUCACAGUGAUGAGGUGUUGGACAUCUGCUUCGACUGGGCGGGACAGCGAAUGGCCACCUCCUCCAGCGAUUGUUCAGCGAGGAUCUACGACGUCAAGGGAGACUUUAAGGAGCUGGCGAUCAUGAAGGGCCAUCGUGAUGAGGUGUCCAAGGUAUGCUUCAGUCCCGCCGGAGGUUGCCUGCUGACGGCAUCAGCUGACCGCAGCGCCCGUAUCUGGAACUCAUCGACUGGGAACUGCAGACAGGUUUUGUCCGGCCACGAGGGCGAAAUCUUCUCCUGCGCGUACUCGUACGCCGGAGACGCCAUCAUCACAGCCUCCAAGGACAACACGUGCCGCAUAUGGAGGUGAUUGGAUUGGUGGCAGUCAGACCACUAACCAC